AUGGACAUCCUCCCUCCCAGCGAAGACCCGUGGUACACCGCACCCGCAAACUACGAGCUCGCGGCUCCAGGCACGAUUCUGCGCAUUCGUCCCGCGGGGGGAAACUUGACCAUGGUGCAGAGCAACUCGUCCGCGGCAUACAACAUCCUCUUCCGCACGACGAACAGCCGGUAUAAGCCCACCUGGGCGGUGACAACGCUUUUCGUUCCGGAGAAUGUCACAUACGGCUCGAGCGACAAGCUGCUGUCGUAUCAGAUCCCGUACGAUUCAGCGGAUGUCAAUGCCAGUCCUUCGUACGCUUUGUACUCGGCUGGAUUUGGGGACAUCUCGUCUGCGUUGGGCAGGGGUUGGUUCGUAUCAGUGCCGGAUUAUGAGGGACCUCUGGCUUCGUUCACAGCGGGCGUGAUGUCAGGUCAUGCUACGCUGGAUUCUGUGCGUGCUGUGCUGGCGUCCGGAUUCGGUCUGGCGCCGAACGGCACCCGCUAUGCCAUGUGGGGAUACUCUGGUGGUGCGCUGGCGAGCGAGUGGGCGGCGGAGUUGCAGGUGCAGUACGCCAGCGAGCUCGAUUUCGCGGGCGCGGCAUUGGGUGGAUUGACGCCGAAUGUGACGAGUGUGUUGCAGGCGACUCGUGGAACUAUCUAUUCCGGCCUCAACCCAUCCGGAAUCCUCGGUCUUGCAAGCCAAUGGCCCGAGCUGAUGGCCUUCCUCAACCAGAGCCUGAAGACUGACGGCGAAUUCAACGCAACCGGCUUCUACGCCGCAAAGAACUACACCCUCACCGAGGCCAUCACGACUUUUGCCAACCAGGACAUCGCAGACUACUUCGACAGCAGCGUGGACAUCAACAACAAUCCCGUCUCGUCGAAAGUCAUUCAGAGUGACGGAAUCAUGGGAUAUCACGGCGUCCCGCUGAUGCCCGUGUUUGCGUACAAGGCCAUCAUGGAUGAUGUCUCGUACGUCAACGAUACUGAUGCGUUGAUCGAGAAGUAUUGCGGGAUUGGUGCGACUAUCCGGUACGAUCGGAAUACUGUUGGCAGCCACUCGUCAGAGUCCACGAAUGGUGCUCCCAGAGCGCUGGAGUUCUUGGAGCAGGUGUUGUCCGGGCAGUACAACGAGACGGGAUGCCAGAUUAUGAAUGUCACUGUUCAGGUGAACAGCACUUCGACGGCGUGA